AGGUGCACUACCACCUGAAUGCCUGUAGGUGUCAGCAUCACGAUAGUAAUCAUAACAGGUAGUUGCGCUUGGACGUCUUUUUUUUCAAACGUCCUGCUAAUAACGCGAACAUUUUCGAGCUCAAGGGGUCAUUGAGUUGUUGAAGUUACGACGAGUGCUCCAGCGCGUCGAAAAGCUGGCCACGGCGUCUUCUUUUUUUUCCGCCUCCUACCUGGCCGGCUGAGGAGGUGAGGGCGGGUGAGGAGUUGAGCCGGAAUCCUCCCGGCAGGUUCUCCGUGUGACGUCAGGAGAAAUGGCGGACCAGGAUGGCAGCGACGACUCAUCUCCUCUGUCGUCCCAAGCCUCCUUCUAUAAAUUGGACGAUGGGAGAGUGUCUUCACCCGCCCGGCCAAGCUCGUCGCUCUCCGGACAAGUCUACUCUCCUACCCUGACUUCGACGCCCACUCCCACCCCCACGGCCACCAGUAACAGUCCCAGUUGCAACACGGCAGCACCCAAAAUAGACUCUUUACUCUUCAACAAAACCGAUGAGAGGCUGAGGCUGGCCCGUGAGCGUCGAGAGGAACGUGAGAAGCUGAAUGCUGCCAAGGAAGCCCAGUGGCAGGCGCGAGAGGAGCGAGCCAGGCAGCACUAUGAGAAGCACAUCGAGGAGAGGAGGAGGAAGUUGGAAGAACAGCGGAUGAAGGAAGAGCAGAGACGGCUGGCUGUAGAAGAGAAGCGACGACAGAAACUGGAGGAUGACAAGGUUCGUCAUGAGGCUGUGAUGCGACGGACGAUGGAGCGUAGUCAGUUGACCAGGCCAAAGACCAACCGCUGGUCCUGGGGUGGACCUCUGCACGCCAGCAGCUCCGGCACACCGACAGAUGCAGACAGGAGGUCUGUCUCCACGGUGAAUUUAUCCAAACACCAUGAUCCCGUCAUUACCAAGCGCCUGUCCUUGUCCUCUGCCACUCUCCUCCACUCACCUGACCGAGGGUUAAAGACGAGAACAACCUCUACCCCAGUCGUAAACGAAGCUCCAUCCAAAACCCGUCUAAUCCAAGGGAUGACCACCCACCACAGAAACACAGGUUCACGUCGCCUUCCUCUGACACCCUGGGAGAGCAACGUGGUGAACCGCUUACAGCAGCCCACACACUCCUACCUGGCACGAAGUCGUAGUGCUAUGAGUCUCUCUGGAGAGCAAACGGUGUCCUGCCAACCCAUGGGCUCAUUGUCAUUCAAGACCCUGCAGUCCCACCCACUCUCUCACAGCCGCAGCCAUGAUCGCAGCCUCAGCAGUGGGACGGCCUCAUCCGCGCCCGCCCGCAGGCGGACCACUGGGACCACACAGACGCCACAGAAGAAUCGCGACUCUGUUAGGAAGUCGUGGAACAGCAUGUCUAUCCCCCUGGGUCCUGCUCUUACCUUACCCCUCAAAUUGCGGUCCUCAUCGCCCAUUAAAAGGAACACUAAAGUAACAGCGCCUACUCCUGGCAGGCCGCCUCAGAAAACGACAGGACGCCCCCCAACCCCUAAGAUGCUCAAGUCUCCCGGGACAGAGGAUCCUGGAAACUUGCGCCCUGUCAAGGAGUCUCCUGAGAUGGUCCGGCCGUCAACGCCCAGCAAAACCAAAGAAGUGGAAGACGAGCAGGUCCUCAGUCCUCCCCAGCAGCCGGACCAUAACAAGAUGGAGCAAAUGACGACAACCACCAGUGACCCAGCUCUCAAGCCUUCUGCUGGGACCAUGGAUCGAGAGGAGGCAAGCCGCAUCCUAGCUGAGAACCGGCGAGUGGUCCGCGAGCAGAGAGAAAGGGAGGAAGAGGAGCGAAGGCAGCAAGAAGAGCAGGCGAGGUUAGCCAAAGAGGAAAUGGCUCGCCGCAAGGCCGAGGAGCGAGCAAAGAGGGAAGAGGAGGCCCGCCGCCAAGCAGAGGAGAGGAGACUGAAGGAAGAGGAGGAGAGAAAGAUGGAGGAGGAGAGACUCCAGAAAGAGAGAGAGGAGGCAGAGAGUGCCCAGAAACAGCGAGAGGAGGAAGAAACUCGGCAGAAAGAGGAGACUGAGAGACUGAGGCAGGAGAGGGAGAAGCACUUCCAGAAAGAGGAGGCUGAGCGGCUGGAGAGGAAGAAGCGUCUGGAGGAGAUCAUGAAGAGGACCAGACGGUCUGACACAGCAGAAAACAAAGCAACCCCCAACAAGAACAGUGAUGGACCAGUGGCCGCUGCCUCUCUAAGUCCAUCCGAAGGGACACCCACCCUCCAUCGUAAUGGCACGGGUUCUCAACCGGACCCCAAUCUGGCUGCCAGCACCUCCACCCUCAGCCCACUUGUGCAGAGGGAGAACGGGGAGUUUGAGGAAGUGCUCGAACUGCCUUUGCAUCCCAGGUUGCAGGAAGACGAGUUGCAGCAGCAGGAGGGAGAGGAAGCUGAGGAGAGAGUUCAUGUCAUUGCCUUCAGGGAGAACGGCCUCCCAAAACCGCUGGGUGGUGGAGUGGAUGAUAUAGCAGCCCGCCAGGGAGCAGACGUUGCCUGACGAUGUGUCCGGACAUAAUGAGCCAGGAAUGGAGAUGGUUGGAUGCGGAGGAUCAUGUGAAAUCCACCAAAGGCUCUUAGAGCAUCGUAGACAUGCUCAAUUCCGCCUUUCAGGACUCUUCCACGACAACAAGAGCAACCGUUUCCCCAAAGACGGUAACCCCAAAGAUCUCCCCUUAAAUAUCUCAGGAGAAGAUACUGAUUGAGCCAAUAUGUUAAUUUUUUUUUUCUGGUCCCAUCCCUUUUCUGAAAUAACCAACAGAGAGGGAAUAUUUGAAAUUUACUCCACCAGUGACGACAAACCAAGAUGAGUUGUAAAGUGUUUGAUUCUAAAAAUUUGACUUUUUUUUUUUUUUUCUCGCUUGUUUGACAGGUAUUGUCAGCAAUGCGAGGUGAAAGCGGAACUUUUUUGUUUUCUAUGGAAAUGUUACAGGAAAACUGUGAUGGAAGAGGUUUGUGUCACGUGACAUAUUAAGCUGCUCUCAGUUUAAAAAAAAUAUAUAAAAUAAUACUAGAGAUCAUUGGGGGCAAGGUGCUGGGUUGGACCAUGACGCGCUACUACAGAUUUUUUUUUUUAGUUUAUUUAAUUAUUGUACAUAUCAAACUUUAUUACUCUAACCCAACUUUUCUGUUCAACAUACUCUCACAACGAGCUCCUGAGAUGUUAAAAUUAGCAGUAAAUCUCAUUCAAUUGAUUGUGAAUAUUUUUGGAAUACAUGCUGCUAAUUGUUUUCAAACGCCUUACCACAUCUAAAGUUAAGAUAAUAAUAAGUAACCUUUGCACUUGGACAUGCGUCCCCACCCCCUGCAGUACUGCCAACAUUGAUGUCGGUAAAGAAAUAAGCUCACAAAUGGCUUAAACAGAAAUGUGUAUACCAUAUAGCAAUUCUAUAAAUAAUGUAUGAAAGUCAAUAUAUUUUACUAAGAACAACCAGAGUAAAGAGAGGAGAAUCUAUUCAAGCUGUAUUAUUUGAAAAUAAAUCACUUUGAUGUUAA